AUGUUACCAGAUGAUAUUGCAGUAACAUUUAAAUACAUCACUCGCAUCCUAGAUUAAUUUAUAGAAUUACAUUAAGAGAUGACAGAAUAAUAUGAGUUGUUGGAACAUUCACUAUAAAAGAUUGAAUCCGAAAAUCGAUAUCAUAUUCAUAUAGAACAAAGAUUGAAGAUUCAUUGCGAUGAAUUAGAAGAGACUCUGUUGUAGAAAGACGAUCAAUACAAAAUACUUCAGAUGAAGAUUGAGCUGUAUGAAAGAUAAAUCAUGCAAUUAAAAAAAGAAAUUGAUGUCGCAUCAAGGAGACGAAUAGAAACUGAGAAGAGUGUAACUGAUACUCAAUCAAGACAAUACUUAAUGAUAAAUGGCAUACCCUCAUAAUCAAUAUUCAAACAAAUAUUAAAACCAAAGACUCGAAUGCAGACCGAGUCUAUAGAGAUCAACAAAGUGAGGUCUAUCUCCUCCCUAGACUACAAUAACUUUUCGGUUUUAGUUAGAAGGAAUGAUGAACGAAAAAAGAGAUCUUCCACUAUUUAAAUCAAAUAAAAAAAGUGA